UUCUAUACAUAAGUAUUUUGAAUUCAACUCUAGACGUUCAGUCGACUUUGUAAACCCCAAGCUAUCAGAUUGUCUUUGGAUCGGUGAUAUAUAUAAAACUAAACUAACUGUUCCCCAACAGCGAUGACGAGCUUGCUGAUCUCGGCGGUGCUCCUCCUGCUGGCCCUUAGCCCGGGAUCCGAGGCCCAGGACACGACUUCGGCGAUGUGCCGCACUGACGAGCUGUGCACCACGGUGAAGCGUUGCGAGGAUUCUGAUGAUUCCGGUCGCAUGGGUAUUGGUCCGCGCAUUUCCCGUUACUGCGGCACACAAAGGGUUUGCUGUGAAAAGGCCCAGCUGGAGAGCUGGGACAGAUCGCAGAGCUUAAAGACCCGCGUCGUCUCCUCCGCCAUCCGAGAUAAGUCCUCCCACAUCUUGGAGCCGCCGCCGAACGAGAGCUGCGGCCUGAAUAUGGAGUGCGUGCCCAGGAGGCUGUGUCGCGACAAUGUUAUCAACGACUCCGGGGUGAGCCUGAUCAAUCCCAGGAUCACCAACACGGAUAGCGGAUGCGCAGGCCUUCAUCGCUGUUGUUCAGUGGAUCAAGUGGAGUCUAUAUCAUAUCAGGGCGAGUCUUAGGUAUAUGGAAAACGAGAAUCAAUAUUGAACAAUUAUAAAUAAUUAAAAUACAUACAUUUUUGCAUUAAAAAAAAA